CCUUCUUUGAGUUUCUAGAACUUGCUAAGUUUCUUUAUCUCUCUCUCUCUACCAAUCUGCCACCUCUGUUCCUUCUUAAAUGCCCUUAUAUCAUUCCAAACAAACUUUCUUUCUCUUUCCACAAAUUAAAAUUCAAACACAAACUCAAACACCCUUUAUCAUAAAAAAUUCAACUUUGUUUCUACUUAUUUCAAUAUGCUGCAAUUGUUCUUCACAGUGGCUUUUUCUGUUGUUCCUUUAACCCUUUAUAUUCCACCAAUAAGAAGCUUGAAUCUUUUUGUAGAAACCUUUGAAUCUAUGGUUAGGGAAUCAACAAUACACAGCAGUAGAAUUUACCCUCGUUUAAGGGUAGCUUGGUCUAGGAUUUUGAAUUGCUUACUUUGCAACAACACAAGGUAGAUUUCAGAUUUUCAAUGUUUAUUUUGA